AUGUCUUCCGGAGAAUCUGGUCGUACCGAGUCGGCAAGCAAGACUUUCUAUGCUAGCUCCGACGAUACCAAAAUAUGUGUUGUCAUGGUUGGGUUACCCGCCCGGGGCAAGAGUCUCAUUGCGGGGAAAGCUCUGCGAUACCUCGCCUGGGUCGGUAUUUCCGCGCGCAUAUUCAAUGUAGGAACGUAUCGUCGAAAGAUGUCACCUCAUCCGUUAGCGAACUUCUUUGAUCCACACAACUCGGAAGGCGAGAAAAUGAGAUGGGCUGCUGCUGAGGCUGCUGUGUCGGAUAUGCUAAAAUGGUUCAAGGAGUCAAACGGCGUUGUGGGAAUUUUUGAUGCCACCAACUCGACGAAACAGAGGCGAGCAUGGAUUCAUAAGACCUGCACCGAGGCCGGCAUCGAGACCCUCUUUGUGGAAUCCUCUUGCGAUGACGAGGAUAUCAUAAUGAACAAUAUACUGGAGGUCAAGACGACAUCGCCUGAUUAUAAAGGACAAGACCCCGAGAUAGCAGCCCAAGAUUUUCGGAAUCGCAUCCGCAAUUAUGAAAAAGUCUACGAAACGAUAGACGAUAAUGAGAAGGCUUACACAUACGUCAAAUUGAUAAAUGUGGGUUCUACAGUCAUCAUAAACCAGAUCAAAGACUACCUGUCGAGUCGGCUGGUCUAUUACAUCCAGAAUCUCCACAUCAAACCUCGAUCUAUUUGGUUAUCCAGGCAUGGAGAGUCCGAGUAUAACUUGACGGGAAAGAUUGGCGGUGAUUCUGAUAUUUCGACACGGGGAGAGGCCUAUGCUCGCGCGCUUCCAGGCUUAUUGAAACAGUCCGGUGUUCCGCCGGGCACCAAACUCACCAUAUGGACUUCAACCCUCAAACGUACAAUACAGACAGCGCGUCAUCUUGCCGCGGAGACGGGUUAUGACAAACUCGAAUGGAAGGCGCUGGAUGAACUUGACUCUGGAGUCUGCGAUGGGUUGACUUAUGAGGAGAUCGCUGAGAAAUAUCCCGAAGACUUUGCCGCACGAGACGAGGAUAAAUACAACUACCGUUAUAGAGGCGGAGAGUCAUAUCGUGACGUCGUCAUACGAUUAGAGCCUAUCAUCAUGGAACUGGAACGUAGCGAGAACAUCAUGAUCGUUACUCACCAGGCAGUCCUGAGAUGCAUCUACUCCUAUUUCCAUAAUAUGUCUCAAGAACAGAGUCCGUGGAUGGAGGUUCCGCUCCACACACUGAUCAAGUUGACGCCCAGAGCAUAUGGCACAGAAGAGCAGCGUUUCAAAGCGAAUAUUCCAGCUGUAUCCACAUGGCGGGGCAAGGGAUCUUCGGCCAAACAUCAAGAGCCAGCCGAAGGUAGUCAACCAAGCCAUUGA